GCUGCGUUUUCUAGAGGGGAAGAGAGAGAGAGAGAACCGCUUCAUCUGAAACCUGUAUACUAGUUGGCAGAGAUGAGAGAGAAUUAAGAGAGAGGGGUGGAGAGGUAUGAAAGGAAAAAGAAGCUUUGUCUUUUGUACCCCUUAAUUCGCAUUUAAUUUAAUUCAUUUCUAUUCUGGCUCUCUCUCUCUCUACCUAGCUCUUCGACCAUAACCGACUCUCUCACUCUCUCUCUCUCUCUCUCUCUCUCUCUCGGCGUGGUUUCGUGGACGAAGGAGAAAUGAUUUUAUGUGGAAGAAACAGAAGGCGGUUUCGCCAUUAAUGGGGUUCGGAGAGCUAGUAGCGCAAAAGACAAAGCAGCUUCUAGGUUCAUCCAAGUCUCGCCAUGGCGUACAGCGCUAACAAGACCAACAACCACACAGGCACUCAGAUGGAACCACUCCCACUCCCACCACCUCCACUUCUUCAUCGCCAUCCUCAUCAAAUUCAAGACCACCGAAUCUCUUUCGGAAUCAUGCAAUCUUCUCCGUCCUCCUCCAUCCCCGCCAAUUUUCUGAGCAAGGAUUCCGGAGCUUACGAUUUGGGCGACUUGGAUCAAGCCCUCCUCUUGUAUCUCGACGGACAAGCUGAACCUUCCUCCAUUAAUGUUCAAGACCAAAGACAGAACUCGUCAUCAUCCGGAAUGAGGCCUCCGACUCUAAACAUUUUCCCGUCUCAGCCUAUGCACGUAGACCCGCCUUCGUCAAAGGCUAGCAUGGAAUUAGUUUCUCCUCAAAGCAGUGGUUCCAAGAGACCAUCGGAGCCCUCCAUGAAGUUGUCUCACUCGCAAAACGAAGUCGCCGCCGCCCCUAAUCAAUCAUCCAAAGCUGUCAAGCGAGAGAGCACUCGGAAGGGCACGACCUCAAGUUCUGAACAGGAAGGACCUAAAACACCUGAUCCUAAGGCACUCAGAAGACUAGCUCAGAAUAGAGAGGCAGCCAGGAAAAGCAGGCUUAGGAAAAAGGCAUAUGUGCAGCAGCUAGAGUCAAGUAGGAUCAGGCUGAAUCAGCUGGAACAAGAGUUGCAGCGCGCAAGAGCUCAAGGCAUAUUCUUUGGAGGCUCGGGUGCACUUUUGGAAGGAGAGCAAGGCCUUCCUGUCGCCAUGGGUAGCAUUAGCCCAGAAGCUACAAUGUUCGACGCGGAAUACGGGAGGUGGGUGGAGGAGCACCACAGGCUAGCGUGCGAGCUGAGAGCUGCCGUUCAAGAGCACCUUCCGGAGAACGAGCUGAGGCUAUACGUGGGCAAUUGCCUGGCACAUUAUGACCAGGUUAUGAACCUCAAGAGCAUUGUGGCUAAAACUGAUGUCUUCCACCUUGUUUCCGGCAUGUGGAAGACUCCUGCCGAGCGUUGCUUCAUGUGGGUGGGCGGAUUUAGGCCCUCUGAACUCAUUAAGAUAAUUCUGAAUCAAAUAGAGCCCCUGACGGAGCAACAAAUACUGGGGAUCUGUGGGUUGCAGCAAUCUACGCAGGAGGCGGAAGAUGCUCUCUCGCAAGGGCUCGAAGCUCUGAACCAGUCUCUCUCGGAAACCAUAACGUCGGACUCCUUGAGCUCUACCCCAAAUAUGGCCAACUACAUGGGACAAAUGGCCCUGGCCAUAAAUAAGCUCUCCACCCUCGAAGGUUUUGUCCGACAGGCGGAUAGUCUUCGGCACCAAACGAUUCACCGACUGCAUCAGAUACUAACGACGCGUCAGGCGGCGAGGUGUUUGCUGGCCAUGGCGGAGUACUCUUAUCGUCUGAGAGCCCUCAGCUCUCUGUGGGUGGCUCGUCCUCGCCAGGAAUGACGAGGGGCUACUUCUGGAACAAAGCGGCACAGUAUAAAGUCACCGAUCAGCCUUAAUUAUAUUUAUAUAUAUACAUAGCCAUGACUAGUUGUUGGUAGCUUCUUCUUCAUUUUCUGCGAGAAUAUAAAUUGAAUCAGUGGUAUCUAAUCCCUGUGCUGCUAGCUAUCUUGAAUUCGUUUCUUAUCGAACUGUAAAGAUAUAGACAGACAGUUAAUAUAGAAUUAAAUGUUGACUCAGUUGACCUAUA